GUUUGUGUGUCACUCAAGACUGUAAAACCAGAACCCGCGUAGUCUCGAAGAAGCUAGAAUCUUCAGACUUUCAAAAGCAGAAGAAGAAGUGAACUUUGAGGGAGCGAAGAGGAGCUGAUUUAGGCGACAUUAAGUCAUGGCUGGAGAGCCAGCGGCAGAAAUCCACCUACUCAGAAGUCAGAAGGCCAAGCUAAUAGAAAUUCUAAGCAGCGAUGCCGACUUUGUACUGCAACAUGCAGACUCUCGUGGUCUGCUGUCUCUUCAUGGCUACCAGCAGGUGAAAGCUUGCCGUAAUCCUAGCGAGAAGGUGACAGACCUUCUGGAUCAUAUCAUCCAGAGAGGACCUGAAGCAGCACAGGGUCUACUGAAACUACUGAAGGACCAGGCCCUGCAGGAAACCUUCCCACAGCUCCAUUUUAUUAAGGAUCUGCAAGUCAGCACACUGUCUUCAGAAACAACAAAAAGAAAACAAGCUCCUGAAUUACAAGAGACCAUUCCAGCCAAGAAGAUCUACAACAAUGGCUCUUACUUAGUGACAGAGAAGCAGUUAAUGACCGUGGCUCGUGCCAUUGGCAGAAGUUGGCGUGAGAUUGGCAGACUGGCUCUGGACAUCUCCACUGUGAAGCUGGAGCAGAUUGAGGAAGACCACGCUCACCAUGUGGAACGAGUAUUCGCCAUGCUACGCUGCUGGCGUAUCUGCCAGAGGGAAAAAGCCACCGCAGCUCACCUGCACUCCCUGCUCAGUCAGGAAGACAUGGCACUGCCACCUGAAACAAUUGACUUUCUGUUGUCUGACUGAGGCCUUCGCUGUCUGGGACCUGCUGAGACUGAAACCCUUUCGAAGGGGAUUGUGUUUUUCUUUCCUGGAAAUUAGUGUAUUUCUCAUCACACUGACUGACUGUCAUUCCAUGUCAGGUAAAAGCAACACUUGGAGAUUAUUUUAUGGGCUCAAACGAGAGUCUUCCAUGUUUUUCAUAAGCUUCAGCACCACUGAGCAAGAGGUUCAAGGAUGAUCUGCUGCUUUAUUAUGACAUUGCAGCCUGUUUUAAUCAUAAUAUUAUUAACUUUAACAUUUUAUUAAUGUUAACAUUUCUUUUUGUUUCCUGAAAUUUCUUUGAAAAAGGUGUUCAUAUUUUCUGUUGAUGCUGUCUGUAGUAGGACUUUUAAUUCUCCUUCCAGUUAAGGAAAUUAGGAAAACAACUGAGCAGGGCUCAUUUAAUUUUAAUGUAAAUACACUGGGGCAUUUAAAGAGCUGGAUAAAGUCAUUUUUCUAUCUUAUGAUUUGUUUAUGAUUAUUGAUUCUGUCUGCACAACAUUUAAUAAAUGUUCAGUUUGGCUCUGGAUGAACAGACCAGGUUGAAACAGUCACACAG